UGAUUUCUGAAUCCAAUUUCUUAUGGGCACGAAAUAGAUAAAAGUAAUAUGAUUAAUUGCUUACAAAAGCAGACAAAAUUCAGAAAAUAACUGAGAUUACCUGAGAUUGAUUGAAGGAUGAAGGAGUUCCCACGCUUUUCUUCAGCGCUGCGUGCGAAUACUGAUUUAGAAGCGAAGUUGCCUCAAACAGGUGCCACACAAAAAUAUCAACGAAAAUUGCAACAACAAGAAAAAUUCGCGGACCGACAAACGUUGAAGCAGGUGCUCGAGCAAUUGCCGGCCGAAACGCAAUCGCAAGCAAAGGCACAUCUGCAGAAGCUACGCGGCCUGGUGCAAGAAUGCAUGGGUUACGAAGAACAGCCACAGGUGGCGGAGCAUGCGGCACUUUUUCUGUUCUGGCUGCUGUUGGAACAGCAUGUCGUGACGGUAGCGUCAAAGAUGCGUGUGCGUACCAUGUUUGGUAGUAUUUUCGAAACAAAGUUCACAAUAAUACUAAAGUGUGUGAACGAUCUGCGUAUACUACUGGAUGAUUACCAAAUUGAGGAUCUAAAGCAGUGGAAUCGCAAAUCAAAUCGAUACGCCUUGGACCAAAAAAGCUGGGGCACUAAUAUACGAGUUCGAUUGAAAGGACCCUUAUUGAGUGACUUACAACAAUUGCAAGAUCUUUCUCCCACUGCGCAAUUGGUAAAAAACGCGGCCAUUAAUUUUUCUAUGCAAUGGACCAAGGAAUCGGAACAACAACACAGUGUAGAGAACGAGAAUGAACUCUCGCAACUACUGGAAUUGUCAGUUACAUCUGGCGAUCCGAAGCUCGUAGCGAAAGUAAACGAGCAGCUUAGCUCAAAGCGCAGCAAUAUCGAAUUGCAAAAUGAACUCAUCGAACUUUUAGGCUUUGAACGGUUUGAUUUAGUAGAGCGAUUACUGGAUCAGCGCUCCACCAUUGCUGCUCAGCUGGAGCAACAUGAAAAGCGUGAACAACGCUUGCAACUUACCAAAUUGGCACAUCAACAACGAACCGCUGGCAGCAAUGAAAUGCGUCCGACAGUUGCCAAAACGGUGGUUGUGCAAUCUGCACUGGAAAAAGAGUUAAGUAAACAAAAUCGGCGGGAAGAGAAGAAACUGCACCGCAUGUUACAAAGUAUGAAUCGCAACAACGAUGACGAUGAUGAGGAUGCCGCACGUGCACUGAACCCGACACAAUUGCGCCUUCAACAACAACGUAAACUGCUCGAAAAUGUGCAACAACAGCCAGUGUUAAAGACUACGCAACGUUUACAAGAAAUGCGCGCAGCCACCAGCUACAGCAGCAACGCAAUACAAUACCCAUAUGUUUUCGAUAGUCAGUUGAUCGCCAAACAGCAUGCCGGUUUUAUAGGCGGCAAUCGUAUAAGCCUACCGGAGCAUGCAGAGCGUGUAGAUAGCAAACAGCAUGAGGAGGUGAAAAUACCAGCUCAGAAGCCACCACCACUUAAUAUUGGUAACAAUCGCAUACAAAUUACCGACCUCGAUGACAUUGGCAAACUGGCAUUUGAAAAUUGCACACAACUUAAUCGUAUACAAUCGGUGGUUUAUCCAGUGGCAUAUCACAGCAACGAGAAUAUGUUGGUGUGUGCUCCCACGGGUGCUGGUAAAACUAAUGUUGCUAUGCUCACAAUGGUGCACACAAUACGUGCACAUCUCGAAGGAGGCGUUAUCAAUCGCGACCAGUUCAAGAUUGUUUAUAUAGCUCCGAUGAAGGCUUUGGCUGCCGAAAUGGUUGAGAAUUUUAGCAAACGUCUAAAAUCGUUGAAUAUUAUUGUUAGAGAGUUGACCGGCGAUAUGCAGCUAUCGAAAACGGAAAUGACACAGACACAAGUGCUGGUGACCACCCCGGAAAAAUGGGAUGUGGUCACUAGGAAAGGCGCUGGUGAUGUGGCACUCAUUAGUCUGGUGAAGUUACUCAUCAUCGAUGAGGUACAUUUGUUGCACGGUGAACGCGGGCCCGUUGUGGAGGCGCUCGUCGCCCGAACACUACGUCUCGUGGAAUCCUCUCAGAGUAUGAUACGUAUUGUGGGACUCUCAGCUACUCUACCUAAUUACAUCGAUGUCGCCCACUUCCUGCGAGUCAAUCCAAUGAAAGGUCUCUUCUAUUUCGACUCACGCUUCCGUCCCGUGCCGUUGGACACCAAUUUUAUUGGCGUAAAGGCGGUAAAACCGCUCCAACAGCUCACCGAUAUGGAUCAGGUUUGCUAUCAAAAGUGCUUGGAAAUGGUGAAGGAAGACCAUCAGGUUAUGGUAUUUGUUCAUGCCCGAAACGCUACCGUGCGCACCGCUACGACCUUGCGUGAAUUGGCGCAGCAGCACAAAACCUCUGCGUUCUUCCAGCCCAACGAGGCAUCUAACAGCUACAGUUUGGCACUGCGAGCCAUACAAAAAAGCCGCAACAAGCAGUUGGUUGAGCUAUUUUCGUGUGGCUUGGGCGUACAUCAUGCGGGUAUGUUGCGUUCCGAUCGUCAGAUGGUAGAAAAGUAUUUUGGCGAAGGUCAUAUUAAAGUGCUGGUUUGUACGGCGACAUUGGCUUGGGGUGUUAAUCUGCCAGCGCAUGCUGUUAUUAUAAAAGGCACUGAUAUUUAUGAUUCGAAGCACGGCUCAUUUAUUGACCUCGGCAUUUUGGAUGUGUUGCAAAUUUUCGGUCGUGCCGGCCGUCCACAGUUCGACAAAAAAGGUGUGGGCACUAUCAUUACCACCCACGAUAAGCUAAAUCACUACCUUUCGUUGCUCACCAAUCAAUUCCCCAUCGAAUCGAAUUUCAUACAAUGUCUCGCCGAUAAUCUAAACGCGGAAAUAACUUUAGGCACCAUUUCUAACGUUGAGGAGGCGAUUGAAUGGCUGAGUUACACGUACCUCUUUGUGCGCAUGCGCAUUAAUCCACAUGUCUAUGGCAUCGAAUAUACUGAUUUACAGAAAGAUCCUUCAUUGGAGGCUAAGCGGCGCGGUCUUAUCAUGUCUGCAGCUUUGAGUUUGGACAAAGCACGCAUGAUCCGCUUCAACCAACGCACAAUGGAUUUCAACAUUACUGACUUGGGACGCACAGCAUCGCAUUUUUAUAUUAAAUAUGACACAGUUGAAAUUUUUAAUGAACUGCUGAAGCCUUUUAUGAAUGAAGCAGAGAUUUUUGCAAUGAUUUCUCAGGCUCAAGAAUUUCAACAACUCAAAGUACGCGACGACGAGUUGGAGGAGUUGGAUGAAUUACGCACGUUCUACUGCAAAGUUAAAGCGGCCGGCGGAAGUGAGAAUGUCAGCGGCAAGGUUAACAUCCUCAUGCAGACAUACCUCUCACACGGCUAUGUCAGAUCCUUCUCACUUGUCUCCGAUAUGGCCUACAUAGUCCAAAAUAUAGUGCGUAUUACGCGCGCUCUCUUUUCCAUCGUGCUUCGGGGCAACAAUGCUAUACUGGCUACACGGCUUCUGCAGAUUUGCAAAAUGUUCGAACGGCAGCAAUGGGAAUUCGAAACUCCGUUACGCCAAUUUACUGCUAUCAACGCUGAAACCAUUGACAAGCUGGAACAGCGAGGCAUCAGCCUCUAUACGCUACGUGAGAUGGAACAAAAUGAAUUAAAGGAUUUAUUGCGCAAUUCACGGUAUGCCGAAUUGGUGUUACGUUCGGCGCGCGAGGUGCCCAUGCUCGAUGUCGAAGCAACGCUGCAGCCCAUAACUCGCACUGUGCUGCGUAUAAAGAUUGACCUUUGGGCCAAUUUCAAUUGGAACGAUCGUGUGCAUGGCAAAGUGAGUGAGCUUUUUUGGCUCUGGAUUGAAGAUCCGGAAUCGAAUUUCAUCUACCAUUCCGAGCAAUUUCAGGCUACUCGCAAGUUUGUGUAUGGUGGUAAACCACAACAACUGGUAAUGACCAUACCACUGAAGGAACCAUUACCACCGCAGUAUUAUGUGCGUAUUGCAAGCGACACUUGGCUGGGCAGCGCCACCUGGACAGCGCUAUCGUUCAAACACCUUGUGUUGCCCGAGCACCAUCCACCACUCACUGAAUUGUUGCCUUUGCAUCCGUUAUCCGUCUCAAGCCUCAAAAAUCCACUAUACGAAUCACUCUACAACUUCACACACUUCAAUCCGAUACAAACGCAAAUCUUUCACUGUCUCUAUCAUACCGACAAUAACGUGCUUCUCGGCGCACCAACUGGCUCUGGCAAAACCAUUGUUGCUGAAAUUGCAAUUUUCCGUGCUUUCAAUAAGCAUCCACGUGGCAAAAUUGUAUACAUUGCACCACUGAAGGCACUGGUUAAGGAGCGUAUUAACGAUUGGAAAAAGCGCUUUGAAGGACCGCCGUUGUGUUGGAAGGUGGUGGAGCUGACCGGUGACACGGCGCCUGACAUGCAGGCUAUACGCGAGAGUAAAGUUAUUGUCACAACACCGGAAAAAUGGGACGGUAUUAGUCGUUCGUGGCAGACUCGCGAAUAUGUACAGGAUGUGGUAUUAAUUGUGAUUGAUGAGAUACAUUUGCUGGGCGAAGAUCGUGGGCCGGUUAUUGAGGUGAUUGUUUCGCGUACGAAUUUUAUCACUUCGCACACCGGACACACCAUACGCGUCGUCGGUUUGUCCACAGCGUUGGCCAAUGCGCAAGACUUGGCCAAUUGGCUGGGCAUUAAAAAGAUGGGAUUGUACAACUUUAAGCCAUCAGUGCGGCCUGUGCCACUACAGGUGCACAUUAAUGGAUUUUCUGGCAAGCACUACUGUCCGCGCAUGGCUACCAUGAAUCGUCCCACAUUCCAGGCUAUUCGCACCUACUCUCCAUGCGAACCGGUCAUCGUUUUCGUCUCGUCACGUCGUCAGACACGUCUGACUGCGCUCGAUUUAAUCACCUUUGUCGCUGGUGAUGAUAACCCGAAACAGUUCCUGCACCUACCCGAACACGAAAUGCAUCAAAUACUGCAACAAAUCAAAGAUUCCAACUUGAAAUUCUGUCUUGCAUUUGGCAUUGGUCUUCAUCACGCUGGCCUGCAAGAACAAGAUCGCAAAACUGUUGAAGAGCUCUUCCUCAAUCGCAAAAUACAAGUACUCAUCGCUACUGCCACAUUGGCUUGGGGUGUGAACUUGCCCGCACAUUUGGUCGUCAUCAAGGGUACUGAGUAUUUCGAUGGCAAAGUGAAGAAAUAUGUAGACAUGCCCAUCACCGAUGUGCUGCAGAUGAUGGGUCGUGCUGGUCGACCACAAUUCGAUAACGAAGGUGUUGCGGUUGUGCUGGUGCACGAUCAAAAAAAGAAUUUCUACAAAAAAUUCCUCUAUGAUCCAUUCCCCGUUGAGUCGAGCUUGUUAGGUGUCUUGGCAGAGCAUAUAAAUGCGGAAAUUGUUUCGGGCACUGUACAAACCAAACAGGCCGCACUAGACUAUCUUACGUGGACAUACUUUUUCCGGCGUCUGCUGCGCAAUCCAACUUACUACAACUUGGAUGGCUUAGAACCGGAGCAACUGAAUUCGUUCCUUUCUUCGUUGAUUGAACGCGUUAUUUACGAAUUGGAAUCGGCUGCUUGCGUGCUGCAACGCGAAGGAAUUCUUAUACCAACGUUCCUUGGACGAAUCGCCUCCUUCUAUUAUCUAUCGCAUCGCACAAUGAAACACUUUCUUGACGAUUUGACAGAUGGUAUGAGUGCAAGUGAAGUGUUAGUGGCCAUCGCCGACUCGUAUGAAUUUGAUCAGCAGCCGGUGCGUCACAAUGAGGAUAAAUACAAUGAGGAACUAGCCGAAUCGUGUCGCUACCGUCCGCCCGCUCCCACCUGGGAAUCACCAUACACAAAGACAUUUUUGCUGCUGCAAGCACAUUUUUCGCGCCUCUCACUGCCAAAUUCAGAUUUUCUAACCGACACGAAAUCCGCGCUGGACAAUGCUACGCGCGUCAUGCAAGCCAUGGUUGAUUAUACCGCCGAACGUGGCUGGCUUACCACGACGCUACGCUUGCAACAACUUAUGCAAAGCGUCAUACAAGCGCGAUGGUUUGAUGAAUCGGAAUUUUUAACACUGCCACAUGUGACCAGCGCCAACGUUUCCGUCUUCUAUAAUAUAGAACACAAUUACGAAUACCUAAAUUUGCCUGCGCUGAAAGAGUUGUGCAAACAGGAUUAUGAGCGCCUAGCUGGACCACUAAGAGAUGUUUUCGACGAGCAAGAAAUCGAGCAAAUUUAUAGGGUCGUGCAAGCUGUGCCAGAAAUAAGCGUGCACAUCUCCGUUCAGGGCAGACAUUACGAGGAUAUGGAAGCAGUGCGUAUGUUGCCCGUAGUGCCGUCGUCAGACAUUUGGACGGAGAUACAUCCAAAUGAGGACUAUGUGCUCAAUGUGGAAAUGAAACGUGUGAAUUGGAAUGCUCGUGGACAACGUGCCCAGCAUGGCAAUCCUAUUGGUAUACAUUGUCCGAAAUAUCCGAAGGGCAAGAAUGAAGCCUGGUUCCUAACACUUGGCUCUCAAGCCAACGGCGAAUUGCUCGCUAUGAAACGUGUGAGUGUGCGCGGUCAACGAGCCACUAAUCACAUUUGCUUCCAAUCAAUGCCACGCCGUGGACGUGUGGUAUUAACGCUGUACCUUAUGUCCGAUUGUCUAAUUGGCAUAGAUCAGCAAUUCGAAUUGCAAUUCGAUAUCAUCGAUGCGAAAUCUUAAAGAUUUAAACGAAUUGGGACACAGUUGAACUCUCGAAUAGUUGAGGAGCGUGCCAGCUGGAGACUGAAACAUUAUUUCGAAGCAAACGCUUUUUAGUUUUCACUAUACCUUUACAAAUAACAAAUAGUUAUAGCGUUACAGUAAGUAAACGCAAACUUUAAAGUACAUCUACGUCUAAAUGUUACUGUAAUGUAUCUAGCUUUAACUAACGAAUAUUAAUGCAAGCGUAAAAUAUGCCUUUUUAAUUUAUAAUUAUCCCCCAUAACUUAUUCAUAAAUAUAUCUUUAUAUUUUUGUAAUUUAACUGAAUUAAAUUCGUACGUGAAGAUGCAAAAAUAAUAUGAAACAGCAAAAAUAAACAAA